UUGGCGCUUCCUUACAAACUCACAGCGCCAAAUUAAGCACCAAAAUUCCACAGAAACUCCAAGUCCCCGAAACCUUAGAGUACGUGCUCCAACAGAACGAUGCCGUCCCUGGCCUCCCCGGGCAAAAUCCUCCGAGCUCGAGAACUUCAAGUCCUACAAGGGCCUCCAGAUCAUUGGGCCCUUCUACGACUUCACGGCGAUCAUCGGCCCCAACGGCGCUGGCAUGUCCAACCUCAUGGACGCCAUCAGCUUCGUUCUCGGCGUCCGCACUGGCCAGCUCCGCGGGGCCCAGCUCAAGGACCUCAUCUACGCCUACGACGACCGGGAGAAGGAGCGGAAGUGGGCUCCGAGCUCCACUUCACCCGCACCAUCACCAGCUCCGGCGGAAGCGAGUACCGCUUCGACGGGGCGACCGUGUCGUGGGACGUCUACAACGCCAGGCUCAGGGAGCUCGGGAUUCUCGUCUUUCAGUAAGGAGAAUGCUGGGAUGAGAACUGCCAAGCUAAGAGAUGAGAAAGAAGUUCUGGAUAGACAACAGCAUGCUGAUAUUGAAGCUCGAAAGAAUCUGGAAGAAAAUCUUCAACAGCUGAGAAAUCGAGAGUAUGAGCUGGAUUUACAGCACGAACAGGUAUGACCAAGAUUGAAAAAAAUUUCUGAUACAUCUGCAAAACAUAAGGCUAACCUUGAAGAACUGAAGAAUCAACUGCGUGCAAUGCAAGAGAAACAUCGAAACGACAGGUUAUAAUGAUGGUGGGUCGCUCGUCUCAUGGCUCCAGGAACUUGUUUGAUCACUAUAGGGAGAUGAGGCUUGGCAUUGACAACAUGAGUUAUGAGCUUAUUACUACAUUGAUCCUUUUGCUGUCUUUUGGGUUUUCCCAGUUUCUGUUGAUAUAAAUUAUUGGCUAUGGGCAUCCUAAAUUUGAAGCUUUUGAUAUGAGCUUGCCUUUUGUGUGUAUGUGCGCUGUACUGACUCAUAAAGUUUGUUGGAGCAUAUUAUGUCUGAAUGUGAUGCAUCUCAUCCUCCAUCUAUGAUAGUUGAAAGAUGCAUUUUAGAGUAA